UCAGUACUUUUUUCCUGUAAUUAGAACUGAGUGAGGGUUUAAAGAUUUUCUGUGAAUUAGCUCAACAAUGGCGACUGAACUUGAAGAACUUUUGGGUUUCCUAUCAUCUCCCUUACCACAAGUGAAGAAGGCAGCUGUUGAUAUUGUUAGAGACUUAACUGGUUCACAAGAUGGUGUGCAACGUAUAAUACAAUACUCCAACAUUGCAGCACCCUCACUUGCUCGUCUCUUAGGAGAAAAUAAGGAGGUUUCGGUGCCUGCAGCUGAAGCUCUUGUAAAUCUUUCAGAAAAUCCAAAAAUAUCUGAAAAGAUGGAUGAGAUUGGAAUGGUUAACAUAGUGAUGGACUUGUUGUAUAAGAAAGAUUGUGUAAUUAAGCGUUUGCUGGUUAUGAUUCUCGUUAAUCUCACACAGCUCGAUGCCGGAAUUACUUCGUUACUACAGAUUGGAGAGGAGAAGGUGGAAGGGUUGUAUGUUAUGAAGCUUGUUAGAUCGUUUUGUACAGCUUCAGAUGAAAAAGAUGACCCCUUUGAGCACGUAGGCUCCAUACUAGUGAACAUUUCAAAAAUGCAAGCAGGACGGAAAAUCCUGAUGAAUCCUAAGCGAGGUCUUCUGAAACAAAUCAUUCGGCAAUUUGAUUCACCUAGUCUCUUGAGAAAGAAAGGGGUUUCUGGAACCAUUAAGAAUUGUUGUUUUGAAGCUGAAGAUCAGCUACAGGAUUUGAUUUUGAUGUCAGAAUUUAUUUGGCCAGCUCUUCUACUGCCUGUUGCUGGAAAGAAGGUUUAUAGCAAAGAGGAUUUAUCUAAAAUGCCGCUUGAGCUUUCAAGCGCACUCUCAAUUGAGCGAGAACAAAUUGAUGAUCCAGAAAUUCGCAUCCAAGCACUGGAAUCUAUUUAUUUGAUUGCUUUACAGGAAGCAGGUCGAAGAUCUUUGUGGUCUGUUAAUGGUCCACGAAUACUGGAAGUUGGAUACGAAUACGAGGAGGACCCUAAAGUAAUGGGCGCUUUCGAGCAAAUAGGAUCCUUGCUGGUUGAAGGAAAUGAUGUUGAGGAAUCAUCUGCACCAAACACUGAAGCUGCUACGUGAUUCCAAAGCAUCUCGGAGAUGAAUGUAAGGCUCGUUGUUCUAUUUCUGGAACUCCAUUUAAGGAUUAUGAUUAUCAGUUCAGUUCGAGGGGUGCUGUGUGCGAGCUUAAGUUUGGCAUUUUUUCCUUUUUGUUGAAUUAUCUUGCUUGAAAGAUGCAAUAACAAUAUGAGAAGUGGGAACACUUGAUUAGUUAUUAGUCUUAUAGGGUAGUUUGUGUCAAACUUAUACUGCACUCAGAAGGAAAGAAUUUCUGGUUUUAGAAGUGCAUCUUUGCCUGUGGCUUCUUAUCAAACA